AUUAUCUUACAAGAUGUCUGUUGUGCACACAGGUGCGUAUCUUGGAAUAACUGGAAACAGGAUUUCUACUCCAGCCGAUGCACUUUAUGUAGGUCUUGGGACUCACUUUGUUCCAUCCGGAAAUCUGGGCUUACUUAAGGAGGAACUUUUAUCAGCUACAUUUUCCGAGGAUCCACAUCAUGAUCUCCAAGCAAUAUUGGCAAAACACAGUAGCACGCUCCAAUCGGAGCCCCGAUUGAAGUUACUCUUGCCUCGUAUAAUUUCAACAUUCGGUGCAAAUAAGUCUGUUAAAGAAAUAAUGGAGGAACUUGAACAACAUAGCCAAAGUGCUGAUACAACAGUUUCACAGUGGGCUAUAGAGGCUCUUUCGGGGAUUAAAAAAGGUGCUCCGUUUUCUCUUGUUCUUACACAAAAAUAUUUCUCUAAAGUCGCCUCUGCGCGCGGAAAUCAUGGAAACGAGUUGUCCAAGUUAAAUGGCGUUAUGAAAUCCGAAUACCGAAUUGCAUUAAGGGCUUCACUUCGAAGUGAUUUUGCUGAAGGGGUUAGGGCGGUAUUGGUGGAUAAGGAUCAGAAUCCCAAGUGGAACCCACCAAGCUUAGAGGAAGUUGAAACAAGUGAAGUGGAAGUUCUUUUUGAACCAUUGGGCUCGCAGGCCGAAGAACUCUGUGUUUAAAUCAUCUUCAUCUAGUCAUCCAGUGAUAACUACAUUAGCAUUGUAAGUUUUAAUAGAUCUGUAUGUGUGAUACAUGUAUUCAUAUAAAUUGUUUUUUCUGUAGUUUUAGAUUCCUGAUGAUUACAGCGGAUAAGCAUGUCAUGUGAAUUUUAGAUAUGACACGAAAUCAUUA